AUGACGAGAAGUCGUUCUCCCCUCUCUCCGUUUAGACCAAAACCUCUUUUUACGCAACCCCCUAUCACCGUCUCCCCGAAGCAUACUUAUAGUCCCUUCGUAUGGGAUAAGGAGGUGAAGGAAGGAGAGAGUGGUCGUUUGGGCUUGCGGACUAUCAGUUCCAAACCGGCAUCAUUAUCGGAGAUUGAAAGGAAGAGGGAUCGUCAUGAGCACAAUCUUCGGGAACGGGAUCGGCGUCGAGAAGAGUCGAUUAUUUAUGAAUUGAUUCGUACAUGUAUCUCCAAGAGAGACGUUCGCAUUUAUCUACCUGGUGUCAAUAAGACACCUGAAAAUUUAUCUUACCAUCAAAUUCUCUUGAUUUCGUCAGAAAUAGUCAAGAAUGAAAGGCACGAGAUGGCCUUUUUUGACUACCACAAAACGGCGAUCCAAACUCUUGAGGCGGAGUGCCUUAAACGAGGAAUACCAUUGCCUGAAAAUAGGCCUCACAUCGUAUCUCCAAUGGAGAAGCAUCGGCGCUAUUCCAAAAUAGUCAAAGAAGCACUACGAACGGAUAGGUGUAGAAUGCAUCAAAGUAUUGACGGUGAUGGUGGAGAUUUGCCCACACCCCGGGAAGUAGCUCUGGAAAUGGAUAAGAGACUGCGAGAAUCAGAUGGGUUAUUUACAAUAGAGCCCAAGAGACGCUCUAGUAACUCGGACUCCCGUCUGUCGAAACGCCGUCGGCUAUUCUCACCUACUCUUCCAACGCCGCACUUGUCACCUCCUAAAGAAAUUUUGAAUAAUGAAAAUGACUUCCAUUUUGCGGACGGAGAACUUUCUCAUGGAGGGGAAGAUACUGCUUUUGACAUUCCGAUUCGUCUCCGAUCUCCCCCUGUCGACAUUAUCCGCCUGUCUCCCAGACUUUCUUUGCACUCCCUCCAGUCCUCAACUACGCAGCAUUGGGAUCUUCCAUUACAGGACAAGUUGGAAGACGACGAUGUAGACAUUAUCACUUCGAAUAAUGCUUUUAAUUUGUCACUUUCGUCUCCCUCUGCUGGUGUGUAUUUGGGCAUUGAGACUGAACCCCUUUUUCGUCUUCUCUCAUCUGCUGAGGUAGAAGCGCCUUUUAUGGACAACUGUGACACAUAUCAGUGA